GAAAUUUCUUAAUAAAUUUCUGUAGCUCUCUCAUGAAUAUUAAAACUAUGGCAUCCACAGCCAAAGAAUGUCAAACCAACCAUUAUAGAACUUUCAAAGCUUCUGACUUUAGAAUAAAAUGAUGAAGUCAAUAACAUAAAUAUGAACUACUUCAAGUUACAAAAAUUUUCCUUCUGGCAAAGCUUAUGGAUUUCUCACAUACCUUUCUCCUCUUCUUCCUCUUCAUCCUCCCCACUUUAUCCACAGCUCAAAGUUGCUCUAUUUCCAAGUGUAUGAAGGACAACUUCGGCAUCCGAUUCCCGUUCCGAAUUCCUGAGCUGCAACCUGCAAGAUGUGGCUAUCCUGGUUUCAACUUAGCCUGCAACGACGUGGGUGUGUCGACUCUAAAUCUAUCGUCUUCAGAACAAUUUUUGGUAAGAAACAUUGAUUAUGUUGCUCAACAGAUACAGCUCUAUGAUCCAGAUGUUUGCCUUCCUAAAAGGCUUCUUCUUCAAGGCUUCAACUUCGAUCUCUCAAAUUCUCCAUUUCUGCUCCCUUUUAGUAAGAAUUUCACCUUCCUAAGCUGUCAACCUCAAUUUGCAACAUCCCGAUUUCCUGUCCUUAGCUGCCUUAGCAACUCCACCAGCUCGGUUGUGGCUACUUCUUCCAUGAGUUAUGUCAGGUCAAUGUCAAAGUCAAACUCUUGCAGGAUCAUGGCUAAUUUAACUGUCCCAGUUGCGUACCCAGAUGAGGCCAAUCAGUUUCUAACCGACCACUAUGGUGAUCUCCUGCUAACUUGGAAUAGCCCUGCUUGCAGUAUCUGCGAAACAGAAGGCAGGCUUUGUGGGUUCAAAAGCAACAGCGGCCUCGGCAUUGCCUGUUUCAAUAAGUACUCAACAGGUCAAAAUUUUACCCUUUGUUGCUAUUUCCUAAGUUCAUGUUCUUCUUUAAACUCUUCAUCUUCUGAAAUGGAUGAGAAUGCAUUGUUCGAGGAAAAUGUAACGACCUAGUUUUCUACUUAUCCUAAAGUCGUUACGGUAUACCUAUCAUUUUAGGCUGAAAUAAUCAUUUAAAAUUUUAUCAUAAAAACAUUGCUACGAACUUACAUGUUUAUUGAAAGGUCCUUAAAACACUUUAACAUGAGUCAAAAGAACAUAAGUAAAAUAAAACAUAAAUGCCCUAUA